AUUUUGCAGUGAGUGUUAGAGUAAUCCGGAGCAGCAUUCACAGCAUAGGCAUGUCCAGUAUAAAGUGUAUAAGGAAGGGAGGGAGGAAAGGAAAGAAGCAAGGGAGGGCUUCCUAUCAUUAUAAACUGCUGUGCUAGUCGUCGUGUUAAAGCAGGAGCCUGUUGGGGAUCUACGAAGGUGAAGUCAAUCCUUCACGGAGUAAACAAGAGUGCAAAAACUUUUUUCCACAUGUGUCUUAAACGGGUUCUUCACUUUCUCGUCUUCCUCCCAGUGCUGCUCUUCACUUCAGGAUGGCACGGUGUGGCUGCAAUGAAAGUGUACACAUCAGGUCGAAUGCAGGCGGUGAACGGCACGGAUGUAAGGUUGAAGUGCACAUUCCAGAGUUUGGUCCCCAUCAAACGCUCGACUCUCACCAUCUCUUGGAGCUUUAGGCCGCUCCGCCCCGGCAACGAGGAAUCUGUGUUUUAUUUCCAUGAGAAGCCGUUUCUUCCGAUUGAAGGUCGCUUCCAGAAGAAAGUGUUGUUUGUGGGAGAUGUUUCAUCGAGCGAUGCAUCCAUCCUGGUUCGGGAUGUGACCUUCAGCUUCAACGGGACGUUCAGCUGCCAGGUGAAGAACCCGCCUGAUGUCCAUGGGAAUGUUGGAGAGGUUCAGCUACGGGUUGUCGCUUCAGCUCCUUUCUCUGAGAUCGUUAUUCUCGCUGUGGCCAUCGGGGGUGCUGUUCUACUGGUGAUCGUCAUCCUUGCCAUAUGCGUGUUCAUACGCCGGUGUCAAAAAAUGCGAAGGAUGGAAGAAAGGCAAGAAAGACUCAGAAGAGAACGAAAAGACCUUGUGGUAUGGUGAGAGGUGGAGCUCGGUGAAUAGGGUGGAGGAAAGAAAAUGAAGGACUGUGUGGAGAUGAUGGAGGGAAAAGCAUGUGUUAAGCAAAGCUGCUCUUCCUGUUCAGCGCCCCCUCUGGCUUGGAUGUACAUUGUGUGUGUGUGUGUGUGUGUGUGUGUGUGUGUGUGUGUGUGUGUGUGUGUGUGUGUGUGUGUGUGUGUGUGUAUAAAAGCAUGUGUGUGCUUUCUGAUACUGUUUCUGAUGCACUCUUAUGCAUUUAAAAGCCUGGAAUCAACUACAUAUGACAGCAAGGACAAUGUAUACAAAUCAUUUCUAUUGUACAGUAUAUGCUGUAUCAAGAACUACUGUAUUUUUUUUUUAUUAUUUCUAUUUUUUACACUCUUAUUAACACACUGUUUAGCUAAGGUUUAUUUUCUAGUAAAGUAACGUAACUUACUGUAGCAGCAGCUAUCAUGCACGUCAGCUAAAGUGUGUAACACAAAUUAAACACAUUUAAAUCAACUGCUACUGCUACUUUUUAAUUCUUUAAACAAUUAAUACGACCAGAUAACAGGAUCAGCAUUCCCAACAUGUGGUGUUUAUUAAAAUAGUAAUUCAGUAAUUACUAAUAGUAGUAAUUAGUAAUAGUAAUUAGCUUGUGUACUGUACUGUGUGUUUACUGUCAUGCUAGUCUGUGGGUUAGCAUGUUUACUGUCAUGUUAGUCUGUGGGUUAGCAUGUUUACAGUCAUGCUAGUUUGUGGGUUAGCAUAAUUCCUGUUAUGCUAAUCUGUGGGUUAGCAUGUAUAUUGCCAUGCUUGUCUCUGGGUUAAUGAGUUUACUGUCAUACUACUCUGUGGGUUUGUGGGUAUAAUUUCAUGCUAGUCUGUGGGUUUGUGUGUAUAAUGUCAUGCUAGUCUGUGGGUUUGUGUGUAUAAUGUCAUGCUAGUCUCUGGGUUAGAGUGUAUAUUGUCAUGCUAAUCUAUGGGUUAGCAUGUACUGUAUAUUGCCAUGCUAGUCUGUGGGUUACCGAGUUUACUGUCAUGCUAGUCUGUGAGUUUGUGUGUAUAAUGUCAUGCUAGUCGGUGGGUCAGAGUGUAUAUUGUCAUGCUGGUCUGUGGGUUAGCGUCUAUACUUUAAUAACUUGUUGGAAUGGAGAUGGAUUGAAUGAGACUCUUUGCCUCAUAGUUUAUAUUUAUUUAUUAUCAACAUUUUAUAUAACUUUUUUAGAUAUCAAUUUAUUACUGUCAUCAUUUCUUUAGUUCACCAGCAAACAUCAUUUUAAUGUUUCCUUUUGUCUAAAUAUAAUCUUUAAAAAAUGCACAAAUUAUUUUGUGAAAAUUAUUUGCACAAAUUGUCAGGGGAAAAAAAAUGUUGUUUGUAUUAUGUUCAUGCUAGCAAAUAGUGUCUGUAAGCUAUCUUCUUAAGCUGGGAGGAACGCCACAGAAUUAGUUUGAGGAAUCAUUCAUGCUAAAUCAUUCAAGUAAACUUGCAAAAGCAAGCGGUUUGGAAACUGGAGAACCAAGAGGAAACCCAGGAACCCUGAAGCUGUGACACAACAACUCUACACACGCAAGGUUUUGUGCUCUUCCUAUGAAAUACAGUAAACCCUCUAACUUUUAAUUCAACUCCUACAAGUAUUUGUUUGUAAAUGCAAGUCCUUUAAUCAAGAAAAAUAUCAAGCAAUCAUGCACAAGAAUGCUGAGCACGCAUAUGCUCUGCUGUUACUCAGCAUGAUUUGUUUUUCAGCUCCAAACAGGCUGCUCGCAGCUUUAAAAAUGACAUAUCUUUUUCAUUUUGCUGAAGGUUUUGCUGACUUGUAUGAAGUUGAGUGCAAGCCUUGAGUUUAGAUUUGUGUGAUAUGAUAUUUGAUAUUUGUGAUAAUUGUGUGAGAAUGAAGUUAUGUUUCAUCAUUCAAAUAAAUAAGAAGACAGGCAAAAUGAUUCAAACACA